UUCUCAAGCACUAUCCUUCAUUCUCUUGUUCAAUAUUCUUAUAACCAAUAUGCAUACAAUUUUCUUGCUUCUAGUGAGCGUUGCAGGCCUUGGUCACUGUCAAGAUCCGCACUAUCAAGAAUCGCCGCGGAAUGCGGCAAUUUUAAGUGACACUCGAUAUUUAUCAGGAGAUGGAACUUUUGGAGCUUCGUAUAAACAGGAAGACGGCGUUGAAUUCAAGGAAGAGAGUGACGAAUUCGGCAAUCGUCGAGGAUCAUAUUCUUACAUUGAUCCCAAUGGAGAAAGAAGAACCGUCACCUACACUGCUGGGAAAAAUGGUUUUCAGGCAUCAGGAGAUCACAUACCAACGGCACCACCCCAAAUACCACCGGAACCAGUGCAACCAGAAUACGUUCCACUUCCCCAAUACAAUCCACCCGAUUAUCAAUUUCCCAAGGAAAGAUUUUACGAUUCUCGCUUUCAAACUCAAAAUCAAUACGAACCUCAAAUUGUCGAGGCGCCAAAAAAAGUAGAACCAAAAAUUACAUUUCAAUAUGAAUAUCAUCAUGAUCCAAAUUCAGUGAAAUAUCAAUCGCCAACUGCCGAAUUUGAAUCUCAAUAUCAACUGCAACCAUAUCAGCAAAGAAAAUAUCAACCAGCACCACCUCCACGACCAGCGCAAUAUCAUCAGUCAUCUCAACCAUCCCAUGAAUUGCAGAGCCAAGCAUUUAAUUAUCAAACACCACAAUAUGUUCCAUCUCAUUAUCAAAAAUCGUAUAAUUCCGGUCCUUAUCGGUCGCCUGCUCCCGUUUCUGAAUACCGUCCACUCUCCAAACCGCAAUCUCAUUACAAUCAAAUAACAACUCCAGCGCCCAGGCGAUUUUAUCCCCCGGGAAAAUUAGAUUUUAAUAGAACACCCGAUGGAUUUUCCUAUAGUUUUAGCAAAACGUAAAAGAAAAAUUAUUAUUUAAACACAUAAAUUCGUCAGGCUUCGCACUCAUUUACUAAAAACAACUAUUUACUUUCUUUUUCUACAAUUAGCUACUAUUUAAAAACUUUUUUUAAAUUUGUGA